AUGGCGGACAUGCUGCCAACUGCCGCUCUGCUGCUCUUGGCGGCGUCUGUGGUCGCCAGAGAUAACAGCACGUGUGAUGGCCCCUGUGGGGUGCCCUUCAGGCAGGGGAGCUCGCGCAUCGUCGGAGGCAAGGCCGCCGCGCCCGGCGCCUGGCCCUGGAUGGUCAGCCUGCAGGUCUUCACCUACCACGACAGCCGGCGGUACCACGCCUGCGGGGGCACCUUGCUGAACGCCCAGUGGGUGCUCACCGCCGCUCACUGCUUCAGGAUCAAAAAAAAAGCCUAUGAUUGGAGGCUGGUUUUCGGAGCGAGGGAAAUCCAGUAUGGCAGCAAUCAGCCAGUGAAGCCGCCUCUCCAGGAGAGACUUGUCGAGAAAAUCGUCCUUCACGAGAGGUACUCGCCGGUCUCGGAGGCCAACGACAUCGCGCUCCUGAAGAUCACCACUCCCGUCGUCUGCGGGCCGCUCAUCAGGCCAGGCUGCCUGCCCCACUUCACGGCAGGCCCACCCCGACCGUCCCAGAGCUGCUGGGUGAUCGGCUGGGGGUUCUUAUGGGAGAACACCCGCAAGAUGUCGCCCGUGCUGCAGGAGGCCCGCGUGGACAUCAUCGACCUCAGCCUCUGCAACUCGUCCAUGUGGUACAAAGGGCGCGUGUACUCCACCAGCGUGUGCGCGGGGUACCCUGAGGGCUUCGUCGACACCUGCCAGGGGGACAGCGGCGGGCCUCUCAUGUGCCGAAGAAGUGCAGAAGACCCCUAUGUGGUCGUCGGAAUCACGAGCUGGGGGGUGGGCUGUGCCCGAGCUAAGCGCCCCGGAAUCUACACGGCCACCUGGCCCUACCUGAACUGGAUUGCUUCCAAGAUCGGGUCCAAGGCCUUGGAGCUGCUUCAGCCGGGCACCCCUCCCCCACCCCCUCCCACCACAACCCCCACUACACUCUCCACCUUCCGCCCUUCCGUCCGCCCUCCGUGGUACUUCCAAUACCCUUCCCAGGCACCACCCUUUCGACCACCUGCAUCCCAGCCCCUGCUCCGACCCCUGCCCCCCGCGCCACGCCCACCCCCGCCUCCACCCCCGCCUCCCCCUCCGCCUCCCCCUCCGCCUCCACCCCCACCUUCUGCUAAACCUACCGAAGCCCCUUCUUUCGCCAAACGGUUGCAGCAGCUCAUAGAGACCCUGAAGGGGAAGACCGUUUCUAACGAAAGAAGCAGUGAAGAUGUGGAGGCCACAGACUUCCCGGAGCUGACCCCGCUCUCAGCAGACACAGUGACCCCUUCGCUCCUGAAAGGAAAAGGAAAAGAUGAAAUAAAUAAAUAG